AUGUUAAAAAAUAAAAGAAAGCCAGGGAAGUUGGUGCGGGCACCGAAAAAACUCUUGAAGAAAGCCGAUCGAGCGGAGUCCCAGGAAGAUUCGCCUGCCGAGGAUCACAGCGACGUGGAGCAGUCUGCUCCAAGCACCGAUGAUGGCUUCGAUGAACCCAAGGCCACACCCACCAAGAAGGAUCAAACGCCCACUACGAAACCGAAGAGGAACAAGUUCAGGGAGAGGGACGAGGCCAAGAACGUGAAGCCACCCACUUUGGAGGAGAUGAAGGAGCUGCGCGACACCCAGAACCUCUUCCACUCCAAUCUCUUCAAGCUGCAGGUCAAGGAGAUGCUGCAGGAGUUGCAGUUAAAGCAGAAGUACACAGACUUUAUAGACAACUGGAUGGAAUCCUUCACUGCUUUCACCCAACAGCUAAAGGAUGGCUUGAUGGAGCGAAGCCACCUGGAGGUGCCUCUGCAACUGCCCCAAAAGCCCACCAGCUUUGUUUUCUCCAAACCCACCAGGGAACCUUACCUGAUUGGAGCCGCCUCCACUGGCACAUUGCUGGGCCCCAAAAUUGUGGUGGAUGUGGCUCUGGAGAUGCCCAAGGAAUCGCUGCACAAGGACGAUUACCUGAACCUUCGUUACGACCAGAAGCGAGCUCUGUACCUCACCUAUGUGACGGAGAGGAUGAAGGAGUCUCCGAUUUACGCCCAGGAUCAGUUUGCCUUCAACUACUUUGCAAACAAUCCGCUGAAACCCGUUUUGGAGCUAAUCCCUGCGGCCAAGCAGGUCACCAAGCACUUGCAGGUGCGCCUGUUCAUCACCGCACCGCUGAGCAGCUUUAAACCUGGCAGAUUUGUGCCUUGGAACAACAAUAUUCGUCCCUCGUUCUACGGCGACGAAUGGGACGAGGAGGAUCCGCUGCCCUCCACCCAGCACUACAACGCCAACGUUCUGUUUGAUCUUACUUUGUCCGAGAAUCAGGCCCACCUGGAGAAGGCCUUCAAGGGCAGGCGCAACUUCCAGGACGGCCUGCUGCUCCUCAAAGUCUGGCUGCGUCAACGGGAAUUGCACAUAGGCUACAGUGGCUUUGGCCCCCACAUCCUGGCCGCCUUUAUUGUCUACCUGAACUCGCAACGCAUCCUGCAUCAGUCGAGCAGCAGUUACCAGGUGGCGCGCACCGUCUGGAACCAGCUGGCCAACACGGACUGGACCAAGGGCAUUAGUUUGGCUCCUAAAGUCGAAAAGGAAGAACUCAGCAAGUUCUCCUCGCACUAUGACGUCUCUUUUAUGGACUUUACAGGCCAGCAUAAUCUUUGCGCAAAUGUUCCUCUGUCUUUGUACCAAAGAGUGCGAGAGGAGGCCAAACUGGCGGUGGAUCUGCUAAACGACAUGAAGUUGAAUAGUUUUCCCCUAAUCUUUAUGCAAAAGUGUCCUUUGUACAGCAGAGUGGACAACAUUUUGAAGAUUACCAACCACUCUUGUGUUAAUCAAAUGCUGUUGCUGCAUUCCCAGCCUCGUUUCAAGUAUGACUACGCUAAAUACGGCUACCCGCAGCUGUUUCAAUUGUUAACAGAACUCCUUCAAAAAGGACUGGCUGAGCGUGUCCAUGCCAUUCUGCCUCUGGAAACGCCGUGUGCCGCCUGGCCUGUGGAAAACAAGGCUCCUGUGAUAGGAAAGCACAUUCAACUGGGUCUGAUACUCCAACCAGAGCACGCCUACGAGGUGCUAAACAAAGGACCCGCCGCCAACGAGGAUCCCGAGGGAGCAGCGGAGUUUCGCCGUUUCUGGGGAGAGAAGUCAAACCUUCGAAGGUUCCAGGAUGGCAGCAUCACCGAAGCUGUUGUCUGGGGCACCGCACAGGAUGCGCCCGCCAAGAAGCGACUAAUCGUACAGCAGAUUGUCCUGCAUCUGCUGGAGCAUCACCUGCAGCUGGAGAGCAAGGAUGUGCAAUAUAUCGCCGCCGAGUUGGACCAGGUCUACCGGCUGUCUCCCUGGUUCAAGGUGACUAAACUGCAGACCAAGCUUCCUUUGGAUCAGGAUACAGAUGCGGAGGCACUCAGUCCGCAUGUCAUUCGCUGCUACGAUGAAUUGUCGAGACAACUGCACGGGCUGAAUGAUCUGCCGCUGGAGAUAGUCUCCAUAUCGGGCACCUCUCCCGUUUUCCGCUACUGCGAGCCGCAACCGGUGCUUCCUCAAGCGCGACUGGCCGACAACCGCAUCCUGGCGAGCCACGUUCAGCGCGUGGUAAUUCAGUUGGGCCAAAGCGGCAAGUGGCCCAGCGAACUGACCGCGUUGCGUGCUAUAAAAACGGCCUUUCUCAUCGAGAUUGGCGAAAAGCUGGAGGCACAAUGCCGCCUGAAAUGGCUGAUGACCGCCGAUGGUCUGCUGGUGCUGAAGCAGGGCUACUGUUUCCUGAUCGAGCUGGCCCACAACAAGGAGCUGGCGUUGCUCAAGCAGGAGGUUACUGAGCGCGGCGUAACCACAUACAUUGACAAUCCAGCCAGUCGUUCCCUGGAGCGGCAGCACUACAUUUUGCCCAAAGUGAGCGGUGCUUUGCAUUCGCUGCAUCAAACGCACUCGGCUUUCGGCGCCACUGUGCUGUUGGCCAAGCGUUGGCUGGCCACCCAGCAGCUGGACGAAGGUCUCUGGCCCGAAAUGGCCACCGAGCUGCUGGUGGCGCAUCUCUUCCAGCAAAGGUAUGCGCCACAGGCCAUAGCUGCGCCACAAACCGGGUUCAUUCGCUUCCUGCAGCUGCUCGCCCACAGCGAUUUCAAUGGCGAACUCUUUCUGCUCAACUUUAACAACAGCUGGCAGGAACAACAAAUUGCCGAUCUGGAGCACAGCUACCGCAGUGAUCGCCAGAGUUAUCCUCCCCUGGCGGUGGCCACCUCCUACGAUUUGCAGCAUGCCGGACGCCUGUGGACCUCGGAUGAAUCCCCCAGCCAGCGGGUUCUAGGACAUGUGACACGUUUGGCCCGCCAUUCCCUGGAGAUUAUUGAAAACAGCCUGAUGACAAAGGAUCUGAGGUUUGUGCGUCCGGCGCAAUUGUUUCGAGCUUCCAACGAGGGUUACGAUUUGGUCAUACAACUCAAGCCCGAUCUGGUGCCCAAUUCCUUGUGCUACGACCUGGGAUCUCCGUUUGUGUCCUUUGGCAAGCCCAACUUUCUGCUGCCACGAGCCGGAGCAGAUCGACUUGCCAGGAUUGUGGGACAAUUGAGGUCUGCCUAUUCCGACUUCGCUGCCUUCUUCUAUAAUCCCCACGGUGGCAAGGAAAUAGCCAUUAUGUGGCGCCCACCCUCUGAAUUUGCACCCAAGCCCUUUAAGGUCACCGAACUGCAAGGCUGCUCUCCUUGCGAUAAUGGAAAGGUGCAAGUUCUCAAGGAAACGCUGCUCGAGGACUUUAAAUUCCUGCUUAAGGAUUUCUACCUGCGCAUUGCCACACCAGAGGAGCUCAAGCGGGAACAGCGCGAGCAUCAGCAGCCCAAGCGGUACUUCAAUGCCAAUAAGGAACAGGAGGCGUCUAGUCCAAAGCCGAAAAAGCAGAAGGUUCGGAAGGAAACUGAGCAGGAGGCACCACCCAAAAAGAAACGCCUCAUAAAAAGCUCGGCUCUGAAGGGCCUUAAUUAGUUGUAAUCAUAGCUUAAUUUUUAGCU